GCAACAAUUUGUUAAUAUUCUGACUGCGAACAAAAUUGCACGCUGUUAUUUUAAAUAAAAUUAUUUAAUAUUUGAAGUUCAUUGCAAGUGUGAGUGUUUCUAAAAUGUCGGAACCGAUUUCUGCAUUUGCGGCUUAUCGUUCUGCACUUUCAAAGAAUGGUAAUACGUCCAAAAAAGGUAAAAACAAGCAAACCGCUGGUGCCAGCAAUAAAACCGGUGCGAACAAAAAGAAUGAGGCAAAAAAUAAGUCCUUACAAAAGAAUAAAUCAGAGAAAACAACAAAAAGUCAAAACACCGCAAACCCGAACAUUGCGGCUAAAGAAAAGGUGGUAGCUCCAGCCAAGGCUAAGGAGGUUGUUAACAACAAACUUGCACCAAAAGUUGAGCCUUCGAAAAACAAAGCAGCCAAUAAGAAAGCAACAGCCAAAACUGAGCCGCCUGCGAAACAAAAACAAAAAGUGCAGCCUGCAGUUACCAACGGUAAAGCAGACUCCAACGGCAUUAAUGAAAAUGAAAUUGACAACUUGGUGGACCAAUUGCUAGGAGAUUCACCCUCCAAACCAAAAAAGCUAACGAAAGCACAGCAAAAAAAGAAGCAAGAAUUGGAGGACUACCUGGUAAAGCAGUUGGAGAGGGACGAUGAAGCGGCGGGUGAGGAAGAAUAUGAUUCUGAAACUGGUAGCGAGGAAGAUUACAGCAGCGGUUCGGAUGAAUUCUCUGACGAGUACACCAUAAACAGUUAUAGCGACGAGGAAGAAGAAGAAUGCGAAGAAGAGGAAACUGGUGUCAGCGGUGAUGAUUGCUCUAGUGAAAGUGAUGUUGAUAAGCAGCCCAUUGCCACAUCUACUAAAAACAACGUGCCACAAAAACGUAAAAGCAAUGCGGCAGCCACUACUGCUGCUACUGAACCAAAGAAGACGCGUCAAGCAGAAAAACCAGUUGAUAAACGUAAAUCAAUGCCAACUGCUAUAACAACAACAGCUGACAAAGCUACAAAAGCAACAGAGAAGCGUAGGCAUUCAGUAGCCGAAAGUGAAGCCUCCACAAGCGCCAAAGUUGCUGUAAAGACCGUAGAUGCAAAAGCUGUAAAAAUGGAACCCCUAUCUCCUCCAAACAACAUCGUCAAAAUGAAUAGCAUACAAGAGGGUGAGAAGGUAUUCGGCUGGCUGCUUAGUCCACUAAACCUUAAAGAAUUCUUCAGCAAGUAUUGGGAAGCUGGCGCUUGCUUAGUCAAACGCAAGGGCUCUAAUUACUACACGAAACUAAUGUCGUUCGAAGCUAUUGAUCAAAUGUUAAUCAAUAAUCAUGUGGAGUUUACAAAAAAUAUCGAUAUCACUUCUUAUAAAAAUGGUGUACGUGAGACGCUCAAUCCCGUUGGACGCGCCAUGCCGCCCGUCGUAUGGGAUCACUAUGGGCAAGGCUGCAGUGUGCGCCUACUUAAUCCGCACACCUUCUUACCGGAGCUUUUUAAGCUAAACACAACCUUGCAGGAGUACUUCCACUGUCUUGUGGGUGCCAAUGCCUACCUCACGCCACCCAACAGUCAAGGUUUCGCACCGCAUUACGAUGAUAUAGAGGCUUUUGUGUUGCAAAUUGAGGGCCGCAAACGCUGGCGUCUCUACAAGCCACGCACACAGGCAGAGCAGCUGCCACGCUUCUCAUCGAAAAAUUUCUCGCAAGAAGAAAUCGGCCAACCCAUAUUCGAUGAGGUGCUUGAACCCGGCGAUCUGCUAUACUUCCCACGCGGCACCAUACAUCAAGCCACCACCGAACCCGGCUACCACUCGCUGCACAUCACUUUGAGCGUAUAUCAGAAGCAAUCGUACGCCGAUCUCUUUGAACGCAUGAUACCUUUGGUGCUGCAGCGCGCCAUCGAAAGCAAUCUCGACAUGCGUCGUGGCCUGCCCUUACACACCUUCCAGCAUGCUGGUAUUGCCUACAGCGACAAUGACACCAAAGAGCGUGCCGAUCUGCUGCGCAAAGUAACCAAGCUGAUGGGUCAGUGUUUGCAUAGUGCGCAACUGGGCGAGAUGAUGGACGCCGCUGUGGAUCAGCUGGCUAAGAAAUAUCAGCAUGAAGCGCUGCCACCGCAUGUGUUGCCGGGCGAACGCGCACGCACUAUUUUCGGUUCGCGCAGUACCACCAAUGAGCAAGGCGAAUGCUUGUGUGACUAUGAAAUCGAUGAGCGCACCAAUGUGCGUCUGCUGCGCGCCAAUAUCAUGCGGCUGGUGCAGGAGGAGGAUAAAGUGCGCAUCUACUACUAUGUGGAUAACUCCAAGGAGUACUGUGAAUAUGAGCCCAAUUUCAUUGAAAUCGAGCCGGAGGAGGCGGCCAGCGUGGAGGUGCUAAUACGUUCAUAUCCACAGUAUGUGGGCGUGUCGCAGCUGCCGCUGGAAGAUGAUGAGCGCAAGGUGCAGAUGGUGACGGCGCUGUGGGAACGUGGUUUGCUGAUGACCGAGAAGCCUUUCAAAUGAUACAUCAUACCUGCACAAGCGUACUUAAUUAUAGUGUUUAUCUUAAAAAGAGUAGUCAAUGUGAAUAUAUUGCUAGUUUUUUGUUUUUGUUUUACUUAUUCGAAACGAUUUUUAUGAAAAAUUGUUUUGUAAUAGGCGCCUAUGAAAUUUUGCGUUUUCUUUCGAGUUUAUGAACUGUGCUAUUGUUGCUUUCAGCAAACCGUUAAGUGAUUUGUAGCUAUUGCCAAUUUGAAUAAAAGUGAAAAAAAGUGUAUUUUAUUUUAUUAAAAUA